GUAAAAUUAUAACACAAGAGACACACAGAAUGCAAAUAUUGUUCAAUUUUGGAAAGAAGGGGAAGUACUAUAUGAAUGCGUAUCACCAAGAGAGGGAGUUGAAUUUGUGUUGUGAGUUUGUGUGAAAGGGUAUUGAUAGCUGAGACAUGUGGUUAGUUGUGGGUCUUUUCAUCGUGAUCCUUGGAUUACUGGUUUUUCUGGACACGAAGAAGCCCAAGAACUACCCACCAGGUCCCAAAUGGUUACCGCUCUUAGGAAGUGCCCUUGAAGUGAUCAAAGAGAGGAAAAGAACUGGAUAUCUUUAUGUUGCAACAGCUGAAAUGUCCAAAACAUAUGGACCUGUUGUAGGCCUGAAGGUUGGAAAAGAUUUACUAGUGAUUGUAUAUGGAGGUACGGCUCUGAAGGAGUUCCUGACUUCGGAAGAUCUGGCAGGAAGACCAACAGGAAUAUUUUUUGAGAAGAGGACUUGGGGUAAAAGAUUAGGUAUAAUGUUGACUGACUCCGACUUCUGGCAAGAGCAGAGACGUUUCGUCCUCCGUCAAUUGAGAGAAUUCGGAUUUGGACGCAAAAAUAUGUCACUCAUGAUAGAGGAAGAAUCUGACUACAUGGUGCACGACAUCAAAGAUCUGAUGAACAACAGUGGUCAUCUUAUUGCAGACAUGGAAUCAAUCUUCAACAUACACGUUUUGAACACUCUAUGGACCAUGCUAGCUGGGGUGAGGUACAGUUCACAAGACAAAGGUUUGAAGGAGCUUCAAGGAAUCCUUGGAGAGCUAUUCGCUCACAUCGACAUGGUGGGAGCUCCCUUCAGUCAGUUCCCAGUCUUGAGAUUCAUAGCUCCAGAGUUGUCAGGGUACAAGAGAUACGUGAAGACUCAUAUUCAUGUUUGGGAUUUUAUCAACAGAGAACUAAAGAGACACAAAGAAUCUCACAAUUCUGCCGAACCUCGUGACUUUAUGGAUGUAUACAUCAACAUUCUGAAUUCGCCGGAUAGGAAGUCUAGUUUUACCGAAGAUCAGUUAUUGGCUAUCUGCAUGGAUAUGUUUAUGGCUGGUUCUGAAACCACAAGCAAAACUUUGGGCUUCAUGUUCCUCUAUUUGAUUCUGAACACUGAUGUGCAGAAGAAAGCUCAAGAAGAAAUCGACAGGGUGGUUGGAAGGAAUAGAUUUCCAUCUUUGGAAGAUAGACCCAAUAUGCCUUAUAUGGAAUCCUGCGUAUUGGAGGCUUUGAGGAUGUUUGCAGGUAGAGCAUUUUCUGUUCCUCAUCGUGCUAUGAGAGAUACCCAUCUACAAGGAUAUUUCAUUCCGAAGGAUUCUAUCGUGAUAGCUAAUCUGCAUGGGAUUCACAUGGGAGAUGAAUGCGGAUUCGAUGACCCUGAAGAAUUCAAACCUGAAAGAUUUUUGAAAGAAGGAAAAAUCCAUCUUCCAGAUAAUUUCAUUCCCUUUGGUUUCGGAAAACACAGAUGCAUGGGUGAAACACUAGCAAGAGCAAAUGUGUUUUUGUUUACAGCAUCCAUGCUGCAGCAUUACAACUUUAACAUACCUCCAGGUUGUCCACCUUCUAUGGAAUGCAUAGAUGGCGUGACGCCUGGUCCCAAACACUUCAAAGCUCUUAUCACACCUAGGAGUUGAUGAAGAUAGAGUUGAUAAAUUUCAGUCUGAUUUUAUAUGAUUUCUCAAGCUAUCUUUAGGCAAAACUAUGUGAUUGAAGCUAGAUUAGAUUGUUUUUAUUUUUGUAAAUAUUGUCGUUGAAAUUUGUAUUAGUUCGUCUUGUUGAAAUAAUAAUAAAAUAUAAAAUUA